CCCACUCCUCAGCCCCGGGAGCGACUCCGGCCCUGUCCUCAGCCCCCUCCCGAGGAGUGGGCGCCUCGAUUUGGGGAGAUGCUGUCGAGAUGGAUGGAGAGUCAAGGAGGCCCAAAACAAUUCUUUGGCUCCUCUCCCCCGCCCCAAUUUUGUCACGGGGGUUCGCUGGAGUGGUGCUUCUUGAAUUGACAGCCCCGGGGCUCCGCGCAGUUGCAGAACAGGGGCAUCAGUGAUUGGACCCGUGUUGUCAGGACACAGGGCGGACUGGACUUUUGUCCCCCACCGAGUGGGCCGCGCCACUCCACCGUUCUUGCGGACCGGGGACUUUGUCACGGGAGUACAUCCGGCGUGGGCGCUGCCCAAGCGGAUGGGGAAGGCUCGGGGGCUGCACUCCUGCGAGAGGGGCUUUUGGAGCCGGGCUCCUGGAAGGGGCGGGGCUCCAGUCUCCGCCCUCCGGUUCUUUGUUCAGUCGCGAGAUUUUCUCUCUCUUCCUCCCUAUUGUGCAAAGCCCGCACCCCCAAAACGCUGCCCCCCGGUCCUUUCCACGGGGUAGAAGCUUCUUUCCCUGCGUCUUCAAGUGGGGCGGGCCCUCAGGACACCACCGUCCGGGGAUAGUUUCCUGUUUGUGGAACGGCUGGGAAGACAGGGCUGGCCGGUCUGACCCAGAACUGGCCAGCGGACGUGACCGCGUCUCCUCCCCAUGCCACACCUCCCGGGUAGUGGGGUAGGAUUGUGCUGGGGACGUGACUGAGCCCCUCACCCGUUCCCCGCCCUUGUGUGCUGGGGCGCCCCUCGUUGGAGAUGAAGGAUUUUGGGGCAGAGUACUUGGCAGGUCGUGAAGGGGUCCAGCUCUUCGGAUUGUUAAACCUCUAUCUAGAACAGGAAGAGAGAUUCCAACCUCGAGAAAAAGGGCUGAGCUUGAUCGAGGCUACCUCGGAGAAUGAUAAUACUUUGUGUCCAAGAUUGAGAAAUACCAAAGUAGAAGAUUUAAGGAGCUUAACCAACUUUUUUGGAUCUUGCACUGAAACUUUUGUUCUGGCUGUCAAUAUUUUGGACAGAUUCUUGGCUCUUAUGAAGGUGAAACCUAAACAUUUGUCUUGCAUUGGAGUCUGUUGUUUUUUGCUGGCUGCUAGAAUAGUUGAAGAAGAAUGCAAUGUUCCAUCUACUCAUGAUGUAAUCCGGAUUAGUCAAUGUAAAUGUACUGCUUCUGACAUAAAACGGAUGGAAAAAAUAAUUUCAGAAAAAUUGCACUAUGAAUUGGAAGCUACUACUGCCUUAAACUUUUUGCACUUAUACCAUACUAUUGUAGUUUAUCAUACUUCAGAAAGAAAAGAAAUACUGAGCCUUGAUAAACUAGAAGCUCAGCUGAAAGCUUGCAACUGCCGACUUACCUUUUCAAAAGCAAAACCAUCUGUAUUAGCUUUGUGCCUUCUCAAUUUGGAAAUAGAAACGUUGCAAUCCAUUGAAUUAUUGGAAAUUCUCCUGCUUGUUAAAAAACAUUCCAAGGUUAAUGACACCGAAUUUAUUUACUGGAGGGAAUUAGUUUCUAAAUGCCUAGCCGAAUAUUCUUCUCCCGAGUGUUGCAAACCGGAUCUUAAGAAAUUGGUUUGGAUUGUUUCAAGGCGCACAGCCCAGAACCUCCACAACAGCUACUAUAGUGUCCCUGAGCUGCCAACCAUCCCAGAGGGGGGUGGUUUUGAUGAGAGUGAAAGUGAGGACUCUUGUGAAGAUAUGAGUUGCGGAGAAGAGAGUCUCAGCAGCUCUCCUCCCAGUGAUCAAGAGUGCACUUUCUUUUUCAACUUGAAAGUGGCACAGACACUGUGCUUUCCAUCUUAGAAAUCUUAUUCUGUGUCAGAAUGCAAAGUGUGUGUACAGGUUUCAAAGCAAUAAAUGGGGGAGUAGGUAGUUUUCUGGUCCAGCCCCCAUGUAGGCAGGAAUUGCAUAGACUGGAAUACCUACCUUCUGUUUAUUAUUCAGAUCAGAUCUGGCCUAUUUUCAUAUUUAAUCCUAAGCCAUCAAAUGGGUUAGUGCCUAUUAAACAAUUAACAAUACUUUAGACGUUGGCACUUUAUUUUUCUUGUUGAUAUUUAGCUACUUGGGGAAGGAGGGAAGGUGCUCAUACCUUCAAUUUAUUACUUUUCAAGAAUUUUUAAAGAAGAAUAGUGUAGCUAGUCUUAAACUUUUUAUAAAGCCUUCAGGUGUCUUUAUUUAAACAGAUUGGGAGUGUGCAAGUGCUCCCUUAGCAGGGACUGGAUAAUCCUUCAGUGGUUCAUCUUCCAUCUCCCUCUCCUGCUUCCCCAUGCUCAGAAGAGAGAAUAUACGCUUAAAUGUCAAACACUUUUUUUUUUAACAAUUACUAUCUGAUGCAGACUCCAUAAACUUAGGAAUUAUAAUAUUGCCAUUUCUGUGAAUUUUAGUAUGUAAUGUGUUAGUUGAGAUUUCUGCUAAAGCAGAAAUAAUCAACAGGCUAUGGUUGUUAGAUAGUUGCAUUCCUAAUGUCUGAGUAUUGUCAGACUAUAGUAUUAUUUUAAUGUUAUUAAAACAAUCCAUAAUCUGCUAGUUUUGCAUGCACCUGUAUGAAAGCAUUACAGGAAGUUGAACAGAACUGGGUAACUAUGGAAUUGAUAAAUGUUGAUCUAGUAGCACAUUUUAUCUAAUUUUCUUAAAGUCUGCAUGAUUAUGUUUUCUUUGUAAUUCACAUUUCAAAAAUAAUGGUAUUAGUAUAUGGAUGCCAAGAGUAAAAUGAAGUUAAAAAAAACUGUAGUAUUAUGGUUUUAUGCAUAUCUGUGUGGUGGUACAUCCAUGAGAAUAGGGAUUUAUAAACUCUGUACACGUGAAAUUUUGUACAGAGAAUUUUUUAACUUUAUAAACUAUAUGAAAAUGUAAAUCUUAAAAAAUGUACAUAAAAUACGGUAUUUUUUUACCUUGUGUGUGUGAUAGUCUAGUCAUUGCAUGUAAAUAUAAUUUAUUGUGUAUUCUAUAUGAUGAAUCAUACAUUGAUGACUUUUUUAAUGGUAAGUCAUCCAUUGGAUGUUUCUGAAGUGGAUCUUUUUGAAGUAAUAAUAGAUUACAACUCAAAAUAAAGAUAAUGAAUCAUA